AUGACCUUGCCUCUCAGAAAAAUUGGAAAUGCUGAAGUUCAUCCUGUUGGAUUUGGUGCCAUGGGUAUCAGCGCGUUCUACGGGAAGGUUGAGUCUGAUGAAGAACGAUUCAAGGUCCUAGAUGCUGUAUAUGCGAGUGGAUGUCGGCAUAUCGAUACUGCUCAUAUAUAUGCGGACUCCGAGGCUCUUCUCGGAAAAUGGUUCAAAAAGACGGGCAAGCGCGAUGAGAUAUUCCUCGCUACCAAGUUUGGAAUCACACCGCAAGGCCCUCGUGGUGAUCCAGAGUUUGUUAAAGAGCAAUUCGCCACGUCGCUUGAACGUCUUGGUGUCGAAACCAUCGACUUAUACUAUCAACACAGGCCCGAUCCCAAGGUCCCAAUCGAGAUUACCGUUGGUGCUAUGGCCGAGCUUGUCAAGGAAGGAAAAGUGAAGUAUCUGGGUUUGUCUGAAUGUACAGCCGAAGAUCUUCGCCGUGCACAUGCUGUGCAUCCCAUCUCUGCCCUUCAAGUCGAAUUCUCACCCUUUGUUCUCGACAUCGAAGCUGAAGAAAUCGGUCUUCUCAAAACUGCACGCGAGCUUGGCGUCACGAUCGUAGCUUAUUCUCCCCUUGCGAGAGGCCUUCUUACCGGUCAAUACAAAUCGCCUGAUGAUUUCGAAGAAGGAGACUUCCGAAGGACUGUACCCAAAUAUCAGGCAGAGAACUUCCCCAAGAUUCUCGAAGUUGUCAAACAAAUUGAGGUAAUCGGUCGAAAGCACAACGCAACAGCAGGUCAAGUAACGCUUGCCUGGAUACUUGCCCAAGGUGAUGACUUUGUCGUCAUUCCAGGGACGAAAAAGAUCAAGUACGUGAAAGAGAACAUGGGGGCUACUGAUGUGAAGCUCAGUGUAGAAGAGAUUGCUGCGCUCAGGAAGAUUGCUGAGGAAAGUGACAUACCGGGCAACCGAUAUGCGGAGAAACACAUGCAAGUUGUGUUGGUGAAGACACCUCCACUUCCAAAGUAA